AUGGUUCCCAAGUACAAGUGGCCAACGAAGUUACUAGCAAGACCAAGGGAACCUGAGCGAGCCCAGGUCACGAAGAUUGUGGAAGAACUGCCACCGCAGAGGGACGUCGAGGACGUCGGACCAGCCGAGGAUGUUACGCUCGAGGCAUAUACCCCAAGCGUGAUUGGCUCACUCAUGGCUGUCGAAGCCCCGCCUGAAUUUGGCACCCUAGAUGCUGACAUCCAGGAUGGCGGAGGAGUUGUCGAUUCAGGACCUUGUGGAAAAGUCCCAGACGAAUUGGCCCAAGAAUCUGAACGUGACGUAUUCCAGGAUGUCCUGAGCACAGAGGACGAGGACUUCGAGUUACCUUCGUCUCCUAUACCUGGAACACCACUCGCAAGACUAGAUGCGGCCUAUGCCAGGUGUAUGCGAGUGAGCGCCGAAGAACUCGAUUUGGAACCAGCGGUUUACAUUCGGGAAGGGAGUGAGCUUAUGUCUCAGCUGAAGGACCAGUUAGUUAUGCUACCUGACUUGGAUGAUCUCUCUCCUGAAUGUGAUAUUGAGGCCGCUGAUGUUGCAGAACCCGGUGAAAGUACGGAGGCUCAAGAAAAGCAGCUGAAGGGUGUCAUCUGUGAUUUAGAUGUGGGUGAGGCCAGGCCAGUUGCCCAACGACCCCGAUCGGUCGGUCCACACUUGGAAAUCAAGGUGUUCGAAUUGCUGAAGAAGCUCCUGGAAGCUACGCUGAUCGAACACUCUGAAUCUCCGUGGGCAUCACCAAUUGUGAUCGUGCUCAAGAAGAACGGAGUGGACAUUCGGAUGUGCAUCGAUUAUCGAGUCGUGAAUAGCUUCAUUCAAUUAUCGAACUACCCACUACCGCUGAUCGACGAUCUCAUUACCGGCUUCGAAGGAAUGAUG